AGGUGAAGAAAUCACAUGGACAAUGUAGUAUAGCGUCGUCAUAUCGUUUAACCUUCGUUUAGAUUUGUUUCACGUAGUAAAUUCUAUUGUACAUGAUCUAAAUGACAAAAUUUUCAAACGGCGCAUAAACAGCAUUAUUUUAUAAUGGCAGAUCAGGCGGUAACUGAUAGAGGCAGAAAAAUGCAAGAUAAUUCGCCCGAUAAUGGUGUUGUAACAAUCAAUGACGAAUCCGAUAUAAUGAUGUUGUCUACUGACGAGGAGGCUCCACCAGGAAGAACUAUCAUAUCAGAAGAAAUACUAAUUUCCGACGACGAGUGCAUAGAAAAGUCAACUAACCUAGAAGAAAUCAUUAUUUCCGAUGACGAAAAUGAUAAUGAAGCCAAAGAAGAAUCUAUGGACGCCGGGGAAGUCACAGAAGUUGCACCUCCUGAAUCAACUAGUGUAUCAAAAGAUGAAAGCAUUGAAAUUAAAUUUUCAAGUACAGAGCUGUUUGAUAAAUAUAAACAAGAAUUUCGAACCUUUUGUCAAGGUUUCAAACAAUUUAAAUACCUAGAGGAACAGAAUAAAUUACUAUUGACAAAAGAUACUGACCUGAAGGACUUGUCAGUGAUUAAAAAAGUUGGGGAUAGUGUGGAAGAUGCUGUGGAGAGUAAUGAGAUUGAUCAAAAUGAAAAGAAAUCUCAUAAGAUUGAUAAUUUGUUUAUACUUGAUACAGAACCAACUUCACAACCGACAAAUUGUCCGAUAUAUAAAAGUAAAUAUAAAUUUAUUGAUGAACCUUUGCCUGAAGAGACAAAAGGAGCAAGCCAGUAAUAAGAAGAAAGAAGGCAUAGUGAUUUCUUGCUUUAAUUGCAAUGGUAACCACCAUGUGAGAAAUUGUCCAGUGCGAAGGAAUCAUAGAAGGAUCAAUAAGGUCCGAAAAUCCUAUGGUGGCAAACCAUUUAGGUAUCAUGAAGAAGGCGUUAAUAUAAAUAAACCUAUGAUACCUGGAGAAAUAUCAGAUACCUUGAGGAGAGCAAUUGGAAUAAGGAAAUACGACAUUCCCCCCCAUGUUUACAAAAUGCGAGUUAUGGGAUAUCCGCCCGGGUGGCUGGAGGAAGCGAGAGUAUGUCACUAUAAUAUAGCGGUUUUUGGCAGUGAUGGCAAGAAGGAUGGCAAAUCUGGCACAUUGAACCCCUAUUCAAUUUUACCUGAAAAGAUUAUAAGUUAUCCAGGGUUUAACUGCAAACCGGACCGAAGAUCUAGAGAUGAAUACAACUUUUAUGGAGUACCUCCAUAUUCCACGGCCCUGAGCAAAGAGAACAUGAUUGAAUUUGUCAAUAAUAUGUCUCACCAUGAGGCGGAACAACAAUCACAAGUGGAAAGGAAGCAGAAGUCACCUUCACCAUCAUUAAAUGAUUUAGAAUUGCAAAAACGACAACUGCUGGAACAACUUACAACCAACGAGAAUGAUGACUCCAAUCCGAAUGACACAAUAAAUGCAACGACAGCAAACAAAUCAUCGGCAGUUGUUAAUAAUACAAAGCAAAAAUCGCUUGAUUUGAGCACAAAUGUAGAUUGUGACGAGACAAAUCCAGGCAUGGAUUUAGAUUCUACAAUUAACAAUACCCGAGAUGAAGAUGUUUCGACCGCGGUAACACCAUCAACUCCUUCGACAAAAAUGGGUGUUAUAAAUGGUAGUUUAACAGGAACGCCAAUCCUCAAAGCAUUAUCACCGUACGCGCGCCUACCUUCCUUAGAUAACUUCCAGAAAGAUGUGUCACCGGUUAUCAAUUUUGAGAAUUUGGCCAACGCGUCUGGGAAAUACGAACAGAUGACAACAGUUCUGCAAAAAGUCCGCAGUACUUUGAAAUCGCGCUUUCAAACGUAAGAUUUACCAAAUGACGAACAACAAUUUAGUUAUCAAGAUAUAGCUAUGAGUAAAUUAGAAUUUAAGAAUUAAACAAGAGAUAAUUUAACCAUAAAGUAACAUAUAAAGAAUAAUAACCGAUCUAGUACAAGUUUUUCAAACAUAUAAAUAUGAAUUAAUACACGUCAAAUCGAUCUCUUAAAACCGAACGGAAUAAUCUUUUUGUUCAAAAGCUAUCUAUUUUUGUAUUAAUCAACACCAAGCAUGUGAAAAUAUAUAUUUAAUCUGCAGACAUUUUUAUAAAACACAA